UUUGGUUUCGUUGGUUGGUUUUUUUUUUUUUUUUUUUUUUUUUUUUUUUUGGAUGGACUUGGGACUUUUGGGGGACGUUUGGCGUGGGCCGAGGAGGCCUCGCGGGGACGUCCUUUUGGUGGCCCGUGGAAACUUGCGGGGACGGCCUUGGUGGCCUGGGGUCUCGUGAGGACUUGUGGGGACAUCCCUUGGUGGCCUUAUGGACCUGUGGGGGUGUCCUUGGUGGCCCGGGGCCUCGUGAGGACCUGUGGGGACAUCCUUGGUAGCCCAUGGACCUGUGGGGAUAUCUUUGGUGGCCCAGGGAACCUGUGGGGAUGUUCUUGGUGGCCUACGGACAUCCCUUGGUGGCCCACGGACCUGUGGGGAUGUCCUUGGUGGCCCGGGGCCCUGUGAGGACUUGUGGGGACGUCCUUGGUGGCUCAGUGACCUGUGGGGAUAUCCCGGAUGGCCCAGGGACAUCUGUGGUGGCCCAUGGACCUCUUGGGCUGUCCUUGGGUGGCCCAGGGCCUCGUGAGGACUUGUGGGGACGGCCUUGGUGGCUCAGUGACCUGGGGGGAUGUUCUUGGUGGCCCACGGACAUCCUUGGUGGCCCGGGGUCCUGUUGGGCCGUCCUUGGUGGCCCACGGCCAUCCUUGGUGGCCCAGGGCUGUCCUUGGUGGCCCAGGGUCCUGUUGGGUCAUCCUUGGUGGCCCAUGGACAUCCUUGGUGGCCCAGGGUCCUGUUGGGCCGUCCUUGGUGGCCCACGGACAUCCUUGGUGGCCCAGGGCUGUCCUUGGUGGCCCAGGGUCCUGUUGGGACACGUGACAUCAUGGAUGACGUCAUGGGUGACGCGGGGACCUGGUGGGUGGCCCAGGACCUCCCAGGGCCAUCCCCGAGCUUUACGGGGGACCGGGACACCCCGGGGGGGGGGAGGGGCCUUUCUGUCGCCAUGGGAACAGCCCAGAGCCUUAGGGGGACACCCCCACCCCACCCCCCCCCCACCCCGGGACCCCCAGUGGCCUUAUGGGGACAUGGUGAUGUCACAGGGACCCCCCACCCCCACCCCUGCCUGGGGGACACCAGGAUCUCCCCUCCCCUCCCCCCCCCCACUCAGGAAGGGCCCCCCCCCCCGGGGGGGGGGGGGAGGGGUUCUGCUGCUGCUGGGGGCUGCCCCUCCCCCUCUGGGGGGGGGUGUCGCCCCCUUUGACCUGCUGUAGCCCCGCCCCCAGGGGCACCCGGGGGUGGGGGAGGGGCUGCACCCCUUUACAUACCUCGGGGGGGGGGGGCUGUGGGGUGUCCCCAGCCCCUCCCCCCCCCCCCCAGGUGGGGGUGGCACCCAUGGGUGCUGCUACCCCGGGAGGGGGUGGGGAAAGG